AUGCGGUGGUGCCUUGCGUUGUUUCUCUGCUGCUUCUUGGCUGCGGUCAACGCUUUGAGUAGCUCCGGCAGCCGCCUGUUGGUUGUCUUGGACGAGUCCACAGACAAGAGCCUUUACUCGACAUUGUGGUCCGAUUUGGAAGGCCGUGGAUACGAUGUGUCCUUCAAGUCGCCCAAGAGCGACAAGCUGUCCCUCUUCCAGCACGGCGAAAGAGCUUACGACCACCUCCUGAUUCUCCCUCCAAAAUCCAAGGGACUCGGUCCCAACUUGACCCCGAAGAACAUCCUGGAUUUCCUGAGCAAGGACGGCAACAUCGUCCUCGCCCUCUCCGGCAAGGCCUCCACCUCCAGCGCCAUCAGCUCCCUCCUCCUCGAAAUCGAUAUCCACCUCUCGAAUGACCGCUCCGCCGUCGUUGUCGACCACUUCAACUACGAUACUGUCUCGGCCGCCGAGAAGCAUGAUGUCCUCCUCCUCCAGCGGCCUGGACAGCUGCGCUCUGAUGUCAAGGCCUUCUUCGAUGGCGAGGGCAUCCUCGCCCUGCCCCGCGUGGCUCCCCAGACCCUCAGCAGCGACAGCGCCCUCGUGGUACCUAUCCUGCAAGCUCCGGCCACUGCGUACGCUUACAACCCGAAGGAGGAGAUGCCCGCGGCCGAGGAUAUCGAGGCGACUGGUUCCCAGCUGAACGUGGUAUCAGCCAUGCAAGCCCGUAACUCCGCCCGCUUCACUGUCCUUGGCUCCGUCGAGGCGCUGGAGGACAAGUGGUUCUCGGCCUCGGUCAAGGCCCCCGGUGGCAAGACCACCCCCACCGUCAACCGCGAGUUCGCCAAGCAAUUGACUGCCUGGACGUUCAAGGAGACUGGUGUCCUGAAGGUUGGAAAGAUCGAGCACCACCUGGCCACUGAUGGCGAGGUCGCCGCCGAGGAUCUGAACCCCAAGAUCUACCGGAUCAAGAAUGAGACCGUCUUCAGCAUCGAAAUUUCCGAAUACGCCUAUGACAAGUGGGUGCCCUUCGAGGUCCCCGGCGAGGACGAGCUGCAGCUGGAGUUUACCAUGCUUUCCCCUUUCCACCGCCUGGCUCUCGAGCCUACCAGCCGCACCGAAACGAGUACCGUGUACAGCACCCAGUUUGUGACGCCGGACCAGCAUGGCAUCUUCUCCUUCCGCAUCAACUACAAGCGUCCCUUCCUCACCAACAUCGAGGAGAAGCAUGAGGUGACCGUGCGCCACUUUGCGCACGACGAGUACCCGCGCAGCUGGGCUAUUAGCGGCGGCUGGGUCUGGAUCGCCGGUCUGUGGUCGGUGAUUGGAGGUUUCCUGGCCUUUGUCAUUGUCUGGCUUUACUCGGCCCCUGCCGCUGACAAGGUCAAGAAGACGCAGUAG